CGGCAGUUCAGCUAACAGGUCGGCGGCGGCAGCUCAAUGUACUGUCAAAACCUUCAUGAUUAUACCAGCAGUCCAGCUCUCAACAGUCAGUAGACUAACACAAUCAGCAGCAGAGACAGCCAGCCGGGCCUCCGCCUCAGCUCCAGUCAGCAAGAUCAGCGGGGAAACCAGGAGAAGUUCUCUCUGCCUCUCUCAGGGAAGCAAAGAUCAGCAAGGUCUCACCUCAGCAAGUGUCUUGCCUCAGCUGUCUCAGUUGACAUCACUCUGCCAAUCAGCGCGAGUCCAAGGGAGCGGCAAGAAACUACGGCACACCACCACGAGUUUUUUUUGCUGUGUUUCUCCCUAUGGAGUCCUAACAAGCGGAGCUCAGCUAUGGCGUGGAAGAUAGAAAUCUACACCACAGUUGAAGGUUGUUCUACUCUCGGCACUCGUGGUGAUUUUUCACUAGUAUGAAUUCUGUCCCGCUACACAGAGAAGAGGAUUUCCAAUUUGCCAACACAGUUACUGAAGCCUCUCUUGGAAGUUCGAAGAGUACAGAAAGCCCGUGGUGUGGACUAUUUUACAAAGGAGAUAAAUGUAUUGGAUUAUACUGGAUCACUAACUGUGGGAGGCAACAGGUUUGGUGACCCUGCACAUAAGGAAAAUGAUGCGGCUUGUUGGCUGCUCCUGGCAUUGCUCCUGGCAUUCCUGAACAAACUGACAACGGAGAAGUAUGAUCUCUGUGAUAAAAUCAACCAACUGCUAGCAUCUCGGAAUACGGCAAGGACAGUGGUGAGAGCAAUGAUAAAACUGACUGCUCCAGAUGCGCAUCAACGGUGUAAAGGUUUCCGAGUGUGCCCUGGAGGACAAUCUUCUCUCCAGAAGCCACAGAGCUCAAGUUGCAGACAAUCAAACCAAAGCCCCCAUUCUGUGGUUGGCAGGGUUAGAGUGAAACUUCAAGUCCUGGUUAAAGUGAGGGCAUUCACUGGUUAAGAAUGGGAUAGAGGGGAGCUGGGGAUUUAGCUCAGUGGUAGAGCCCUUACCUAGGAAGCGCAAGGCCCUGGGUUCGGUCCCCAGCUCCGAAAAAAAAAAGAACCAAAAAAAAAAAAAAAAAAAAAAAGAAUGGGAUAGAGGUUUAAUAUGAAAACGUGCAUUUGGGCAUUCUGGCGCGGAGCGCAGCAGCAGUGGGCGCAGCUAGCGGGUCAGCUGCGGAGCGGGGGUGCAGCGCGCUUUGCCCCCCGUACCCCUCCCCCUCGGACGCAGCCCCACCCCUCUGCCCGCCGGGCUGUCCCAGCCGAACUAUCCCCUGCGGCGCCAGCGCGGGGCGGCUCCGGGCGCCCCCAGCAGACCCCCAUCAUGGGCAGCCAGAGCUCCAAGGCUCCCCGGGGCGACGUGACCGCCGAGGAGGCAGCGGGCGCUUCCCCCGCGAAGGCCAACGGACAGGAGAAUGGCCACGUGAAAAGCAAUGGAGACUUAACCCCCAAGGGUGAAGGGGAGUCACCACCCGUGAACGGAGCAGAUGAGGCAGCUGGGGCUACUGGUGAUGCCAUCGAGCCAGCGCCCCCUAGCCAGGAAGCUGAGGCCAAGGGGGAGGUCGCCCCCAAGGAGACCCCCAAGAAGAAGAAGAAAUUCUCUUUCAAGAAGCCUUUCAAAUUGAGUGGCCUGUCCUUCAAGAGAAAUCGGAAGGAGGGUGGGGGUGAUUCUUCAGCCUCCUCACCAACAGAGGAAGAGCAAGAGCAGGGGGAAAUCAGCGCCUGCAGUGAUGAGGGCACUGCCCAAGAAGGGAAGGCUGCUGCCACCCCGGAGAGCCAAGAGCCCCAGGCCAAGGGGGCAGAGGCCAGUGCUGUCUCCAAGGGAGGAGACGCGGAAGAAGAGGCAGGGCCCCAGGCUGCAGAGCCAUCCACUCCCUCGGGCCCAGAGAGUGGCCCCGCAUCUGCCAGUGCUGAGAAUGAGUAGCUGGGCGGGGGCUGGUGGGUGAUCUCUAAGCUGCAAAAACUGUGCUGUCCUUGUGAGGUCACCAUCUGGACCUUGUGCCCUGGCUGCCUUCCUGUGCCCAGAAAGGAAGGGGCUUGUUGCCCCGUCCCAGCCACGCUCCCUCUUCUCCCUCCUGUGGAUUCUCCCAUCAGCCAUUUGGUCUUACUAUUAGGCCAGUUGAAGAUGGUCCCUUACGGUUCCCAAGUUAGGUUAGUGAUGUGAAAUGCUCCUGCCUCUCUCCUUCCCAAGCCCCAUCCCCGCUGAAGGCAACUGCUGGGUUUCCAAUUCUUUUCCAAGUUCGUUUUGUUUAUCCUGCUUCUCAAGCCCCUGAGCCAGAAGUGGGGCUUACACUCCCAAACCCCGAGCGUCCAGCCUUUCCCUUGUUGAAUUCUUAGUCUCUUGUGCUGUGCCCUGUGGCACCUGGGCUGGGGAGGGCAUUGCCCCUGUCUGGGUUUUUAUAAAUGUCUUACUCAAGUUCAAACCUCCAGCUUGUGAAAUCACCGUGUCUCUGACUUGAUAAGCAAGUAUUAGGCUUCAGGCGGGAGGGAGGUCUGUAAUGUGAAACAACUCCUUGUUGUCUUUCCCCCCUCCCAUUGUUGUAAAUAACUUUUAAUGGCCAAACCCCAGAUUUGUACUUUUUUU